UUGUCGUCGACGUAGAAAGAUAAGUUCUCAUCUCUACCAAUGAAAAAUAUAUGAUGCCCAGGCUGCUGCAGACGUGUAAAAAAGAGUGCUUCUUCAAACCAUUAGUUGGGAUAAGACGGAUAAGAAAUACAUACGUACAAAAACUUCUGUUACCAUUUUUUGGCACCAUUUCCCAUGCGUCUGUAUUCUAGUCCAUCCAGAAAACGGUGCCUCAGCCAAAUUGUCUCAUCGCAUCUCAUAUUGAAGAAGACACUAAUAAUCAACUCACAUCAUGUGAGACAGGCCAUUGUGUGUGUAACGUUGGUUGUGCUGAAGCAUUCUAAAAAAAUAAUUGUAAAAAGUGUUUAGUUGUGAAGAAAAUUAAAAAGCGGAAACCAGAAAAUUGAAGAAACUUAUUGUAAGCUAAUUUAAGUAGUUAUACAUCUCAUUUUGCCUCAAAUUUAAUCGAGAGUACUGAAAGUUGAAGGUGAAAGUCGUCAUAAAUGAAUGAAGAAAAUGUUAACGGUGGUGGCGACAUGGCCCCCGUCACAGAAGAACAACCAAACCUAGUGGAGGAAGUAGUGGUUGAAGAAUCUGUGACGCUACUUGAUGACCUACGACGGGAAGAAGUUGUACCACAACAACCGGAAGUAGUUCAACCGGAACUUGCACCUCUCCUGUUAGACUGGAGUGGAGUCGUCAUCCCACAACCGGACGCCGAGUUACUCUUAAAACCGGAAAUAAUCGCCUCCCUCGAUGUCGACUUACUCCCACCACCACCGCCGGUCGCGUCACAAGAGCCAGUAAAUUGGGAGGAACGUUGCGCCCUGCUAGAACGCCAACUUCAAAGAGCCGCAGAAGCCACUACUUUGCGCAAACGGCUCAUCGAAAUUCGAGAAACGGAAUCAAAAAGUCUCACCUCCAAGUUGAAACUGUUGUCGGAAGCGAUCAGUGAGGAGAAACGCCUCCGAAAUGACCUUCUCACGCGCGUCGAAGCGGCCGAACUCGAAUGUGGCACAGUUAAGGACAAACUCCGUCGAAAUUUGGAGGCCCUUGAGCGGAUGAAGGGUCAUCAUGAGAGGAGGGUGACGAUGUUAUCAGCCAACCUGGAAAUCGCGGACAUCAAGGCGCAAGGAACAGCCCGCAAGUUGGAGGAAUCUCAUAGGAAGGGGGCCGAGCAGAAAGGCCUCCUGGAAGAGUUAACUAUGAAAUUGAAUGAAAAUAAGAAGGUUACAAAAACGAUGGAGAAACAGGUCAAGAAAUUAAGUGAUAAAAAUGCCUUCCUCACUUCGCAAGUGGCACUGAUUGGGCAACUGUUGGGUGACGAUAAUACUACUGGUGACAAUCCGUCGACGUCGACACCAUCGUCACCUCCGGUUGAUGAGGAAGGGUCGUUGUGGAAGAUCAAAAAUAUUAUCAGACAAUCGGAAAACGCCGAGUCAAGAGAUGACCAAGUUCCAUCCGGAAGUAAGAAAGACGAGGAGGACGAGGGGGUCGAACUUUCGUCACUUUUGGAACUGGAGAACGAUGACGAUUCAGAGAGUGAGCCGGUCAAAGAUAUUCCAGGUGAAGAAAGCUGCUACAAACGGGUUGAGGGGCCGACCGGGCCGAAAUUUAUUUUAAGCGUGAGCCGAACUUUUAUCAAAUUGAAGGAUCUCAUUCUCGAGAAACGGUCCCUGCAGCAGCAAAUUGAUGGAUUGAAGAAUCUCAAUACCAAGUUGGAGUCAAAGACCGACAAACAGGAGCAUCGCCUCUACUGCGUCACCAAAGAACUCAACAAAACUUGGCAUUUGGUCAGCAAGUUGAAACUACAGCAAGACAGGCUACACAACAAUGAAGCGUUUCUCAGAUUUGAGCUGAAGGAAAAUCGAGCCAUCGUCGAAAAGUUGAAAAAAGAGAUGCAAAGUUAUAAAGAAAAGUGGAGAAAGGUUCGUGAAAAAAAUGACGAGUCUCAAUGUGUCUGGCAGCAGUUGAAAGAUGAAUUUGCUCAACGGCGACAAGAAUCCUUGUCACGACAAGGGGGACAAUCCUCGUCCUCUGCAUCUUCGCCAAUUUCCUUGUCGAAUUCCCCAUCCCCUCCGAGAGAGGAUUCUUCCUUAUCUUUGGAAGAGGUGGAUGACUUUUGUGCUGGAAUUGAUCUUGGUGACGCGAUGACACCACCACCAACACCAAGCGAAGAUGUCACAACGACUAAUGUACCAGCAGAUCCAGAAGGUUGAUUCUACGAAUUUUUGUAAAUUACAAUCAAAGUGAUACUAGAUUCCUGUUUAAAUAUUCGAUUUGGGCGAAUAAAAUAAAAUUGACAUCGCCAAA